AUGGAGCUGCUGUUUGCUCUCCUGCUGCUGGUCCAGGUGCCCGGUGCGGGGAGCCAGGACGUGCCCAGCUGCUCCGUGGGGAGCUGCCACCCGGCCACCGGAAACCUGCUGAUCGGGCGGGCCCAGAACCUGAGCGCCACAUCCACCUGUGGGCUGCGCGGGCCCCAGGAGUACUGCAUCGUCAGCCACCUGCAGGACUCGGAGAAAUGCUUCUCCUGCGACUCCCGGUCCCCGUCUCUGCGCAACAGCCACCGCAUCCAGAACGUGGUGUACCUCGGCGGCCGGGACGGCCACACCACCUGGUGGCAGUCGGAGAAUGGCGUGGAGCACGUCAGCAUCCGCCUGGACCUGGAGGCCGAGUUCCACUUCACCCACCUCAUCAUGAAAUUUAAGACCUUCCGCCCGGCGGCCAUGCUGGUCGAGCGCUCGGCGGAUUUCGGCCGCACCUGGAAGGUUUAUCGCUACUUCGCCUACAACUGCUCCCGGCUGUUCCCGGCCGUGGCCGUGCAGGCGUCGGGCCGCGUGGACGAGGUGCUGUGCGAGCAGCGCUACUCUGAGAUCGAGCCCUCCAGCCAUGGCGAGGUGAUUUUCAAGGUCCUGGACCCGUCCAUCCCGGUGGAGGAUCCGUACAGCCCUGCCAUCCAGGAUCUGCUGCGCGUCACCAACCUGCGGGUGAACCUGACCCGGCUGCACACGCUGGGCGACAACCUGCUGGACUCGCGGCGGGAGAUCCAGGAGAAGUAUUACUACGCCCUCUACGAGCUGGUGCUGCGCGGGAGCUGCUUCUGCUACGGCCACGCCUCCGAGUGCGCGCCCGCCCCCGGCGUGCCAGCGGGCGUGGAGGGCAUGAUUCACGGCCGCUGCGUCUGCAAGCACCACACCGCCGGCCUGAACUGCGAGCGGUGCCAGGACUUCUACCAGGACCUGCCCUGGCACCCGGCCGGGGGCACCGACCCGCACGCCUGCCGAGGGUGUAACUGUAACCAGCACUCGCGCCGGUGCCACUUCGACAUGGCCGUGUACCUGGCCACGGGCAACACCAGCGGGGGCGUCUGUGACGACUGUCAGCACAACACCAUGGGCCGCAGCUGCCAGCUCUGCAAACCCUUCUACUACCACAGCCCGCGGGCCGACAUCCGGGCCAGCACCGCCUGCGUCCCCUGUGACUGUGACCCGGUGGGCUCCCUGGACGGCGGGGUGUGCGACAGCCACACGGACGUGGCGCUGGGCAUGAUCGCCGGGCAGUGCCGCUGCAAGGAACACGUCCAGGGCGUGCGCUGCGACAGCUGCAAGGAGGCCUUCUACGGGCUGAGCCACACCGACCCGCAGGGCUGCCAGCCCUGCAGGUGUGACCCUCGGGGCAUCAUCGCGGGCAGCCCCCCCUGUGACCACAUCAGUGGAGACUGCUACUGCAAGCGCUUUGUCAGCGGCCGGUACUGCAGCCAGUGCCUGCCCGAGUUCUGGGGCCUGAGCAACGACAUGGCCGGCUGCCGGCCCUGUGCCUGCGACUUCGGGGGCACCUACAGCAACAGGUGCUCCAUGGAGGACGGGCUGUGCCCCUGCCGGCCCCACCUCAUCGGGCGCCAAUGUGACCAGGUGCAACCCGGCUACUUCUGUGCACCCCUGGACUACUACAGCUACGAGGCGGAGCAUGCCCCAGGCCACGCGCCCACCCACCCCAAGCUGCCGGGAGCGCUGCGCCCCGAGGCCCCCCCGGACUGCCUGGAGCAUUCCAGCGGGCUCCCCAACGGGCGUAAGGGGCGUCUGCGGCGCCAGCGCAGUGCCAUGCGGCUCCUGCAGCAUCAAGCCCUGCCCCGGCGCAGCCGGCAGCCCCAGCACAAGCCCGACGUGGAAGUGGUGUCCCGGGAGCAUGCGGGUCACAUGAUCACAUGGACGGGGCCCGGCUUCGCCCGCGUGCGGGACGGGGCUGGCCUGUCCUUCCACAUCGACAACAUCCCCUACCCUAUGGAGUACGACAUCCUGCUCCGCUACGAGCCCGAGUCCACAGAGGACUGGGAGGCCAUCGUCAGCGUCAGUGCCCAGGCGUUGCCCACGAGCCCUCGCUGUGGGAACGUGCUGCCCUCGGAGCAGAGGUACAAGGAGAGCCUGCCGCACACCGCGAGGUACGCCCUGCUGCCCCGGCCCUUCUGCUUUGAGCCCAGUAACCAGUACGAGAUCGCCAUGCGGCUCCAGCGUGCGGGCGUGGCCCAGCGCCACCUGGCCGCCUUCAUCCUCAUCGACUCGCUGGUUCUUCUGCCGCGAGUGCUGGAGCUGCCGGCUUUCCAUGGCCGCGACCCGGCGGCGGAGCAGCACCGCGAGGAGCUGGAGCGCUACCUGUGCCAGGAGGCGUUCCGCAUGGCGACCAUGCCAGUGCUGGCUGAGAUGUGUGCCCGACUGCUCUGCAGCAUCUCGGCCCUGCUGCACGAUGGGGCCCUGGCCUGCCAGUGCGACCCCCAAGGCUCUACUAGCAGUGUGUGCCAGCCGGUGGGGGGGCAGUGCCCGUGCAAACCCCACGUGAUCGGCCGGCGCUGUGACCAGUGUGCGCCAGGCACCUAUGGAUUUGGGCCCUCCGGCUGCAGCCGCUGUGCCUGCUCCCCCGAGGGCUCGGUCUCCGAGCUCUGCGACCCCGUGAGCGGGCAGUGCCGAUGCCAGCACGGGGCCAUGGGGCGCCGGUGCGACCAGUGCUUGACGGGCCAGUGGGGCUUUCCGGCCUGCCGGCCCUGCCACUGCAACGGGCACUCGGAGGAGUGCGACACCCACACUGGGGCCUGCCAGCAGUGCCGCAACGCCACCACGGGACGCCACUGUGAGAGGUGCUUGGAGGGUUACUAUGGCGACCCGGUGCUGGGCUCCGGGCAGCAGUGCCGGCCCUGCCCAUGCCCUGGGUACCCUGGGACUCGGCAUUACCAUGGCAACUCCUGCCACGCCGACAAGGAGACCAAUCAAAUCGUCUGUCUGUGUGCCCCAGGCUAUACAGGCCCGCGCUGUGACCGCUGCUCCCCCGGCUACUUCGGGGCCCCAGAGCAGGAGGGCGGGGGCUGCCGGCCCUGCCAGUGCAACAACAACAUCGACCCCAGUGACCCCGAGGCCUGCGACCCCCGCAGCGGGCAGUGCCUGCGCUGCCUGUACGACACGGACGGGCCCCGCUGCGCGGAAUGCCGGCCUGGCUACCAUGGCAAUGCCCUGCAACGCAGCUGCCGACGCUGCACCUGUAACCAGCUGGGCACGCUGCCCGCCCACUGCGCCUCCGGCACCUGCUCCUGCGACCGGCUCCUGGGCAGCUGCCCCUGCCGCGCCUACGUGGUGGGCAAGAACUGCGACCAGUGCGCCCCCGGCUUCUGGAGCUUCGGGGGGGAGCGGGGCUGCGAGCCCUGCAGCUGCCACCCGGCCCACUCCCUGCAGCAGAGCUGCAACAUGUUCACAGGGCAGUGCCAUUGCCGGCCAGGCUUCGGGGGCCGCACCUGCGCCGACUGCCAGGAGGAGCACUGGGGCGAGCCAGAGCGGGAGUGCAUGGCCUGUGACUGCGACCCGGCCGGGGCGGAGAGCCUGCAGUGUGAGCGUCUCAGCGGGCACUGUGCCUGCCGGCCCGGCUUCACAGGGCAGCGCUGCGACCGCUGCCUCCGCGGCUUCCACAACAACUUCCCCCGCUGCGACCGCUGCCCGCCCUGCUUCGCCCAAUGGGACCUGGCCCUGGCCCGGCUGCACGGCCGGCUGCGCCAGGUGCAGGAGCAGGCGCGGGCGCUGCAGGAGGGAGGCCCCGGUCCCGAGCUCAGCGACAGCCGCCUGCAGGACCUGGAGAGCAAGCUGAGGCGCACGGAGCGGCUGGUCGGGGACGGCAGCAGCCAGGGCACCCCCCUCCUGCGCCAGCUGGGCCGCCGGCUGGACGACACCAGGGAGGACAUGGACGAGGUCUGGAAGCAGCUGCAGGCCGCGGAGGGGCGCCUGGACGGGCUGGCUGGGGCGGACGCGGAGCAGAGGGGCCGCCUGGCCAACCUGAGCAGGGAGCUGCAGGAGCUGAACCGCGCCCUGUCCCGCCAGCAGGAGCAGCUGGCAAACUGGAAAGAGGCCAGCUUUUGGGAGUCCUACCGGAGCAUCCAGGCCUCCUCGGAGAACUCGAGGCAGGCGGCGCAGCGGGCCGGUGCCUCCGUGCAGGGGCCAGCCAGCCCGGUGGGCCAGGCCCAGCACACACGGCAGGCUGCGGAGGGGCUGCUGCGCAACACCGGCGACACCUUCCGCAGGACCCUGGCAGCGCAGAGGAGGUCGCUGCGGGAGGCCCAGAAACGGGCAGCUGCGCUCAGCGUCUCCGGGCUCAACGAGAGGAUCUGUGGGGCGCAGGGAGAUCAGGGCUGCGAACAAGCCCCCUGUGGAGGGGCCUCCUGCCAGGAUGACUCCGGGCAGCGGCGCUGUGGGGGCCCAGGCUGCAGGGGGGCGCUCCCCGUCUCCACGCAGGCCCUGCGCUCCGCCCAGGAUGUCUCACGCCAGUUGGAAAGCACGGCCGGGCAGCUGGGCACCAUCGCUCUUAAGGUGCAGGAGAUCCAGGAGCUGGCCCGGGGCGCCAGGAGACGAGCCCAGGAGACACUGGAUGGGUCUCAGGUAGCCAGAGGCCACAUGGAGGAGUCCACAGCCAGGCUGCGAGAAUUCAUCCAGAAGAUCAAGGGCUUCCUGGCAGAGGAGGGAGCCGACCCGGAGAGCAUCGAGCUGGUGGCCCGGCAGGUGCUGAACAUCUCCCUGCCCAGCAGCCCCAGCAGGGUCCGGCACCUGCUGCAGGAGAUCCAGGACAGUAUCCGGCAGCUGGACGGGGUGGACGCAGUCCUGAACAGCACGGCCCACGGCCUGGCUGCCGCCAAGGAGCUGCUCACACGGGCAGGGCAGGCCAGGGAGCGAGCAGUGGGCGUGAGGGGGGUGAUCGCGGCCACGCAGGAGGUGCUGGCAGGGGCGAAGGUCCAGGUGUCCGUGGCGGGGCAGGCACUGAGGAGCACCAAGGAGGCGGUCCGGGGCGUGGAGAGCAGCGUGAAGGAGGCCGAACGCAGGCUCCAGGGGCUGCAGGAGAAGGAGGCGCGGGUGCUGAGGCCCCUGCAGGCGCUGGCGAAGCAGGUGGCUGCCCUGCAGGACAAGUCCAGGGCCAACCGGGGGCUGGCCAAGGAGGCCAAGGAGAAAGCUGAGCGAGCCGUGUCAGCCACAGGGACGCUGGGCCAGGCGCUGGCAGCGGUGAGGCAGCGGUACGCGGCGCUGGAGAGCCAGGUGGGUGGGCUGGCCGGGGCCUCGGGCGACGCGCUGCUCCGGGCGACGCGGCUCCUGCAGGACGCCCAGCAGCUCCUGGACAAGGCCAGCGGCAGCCAGAGGAAGCUGGAAGAGCUGGAGCGGCGCUUCGAGGCCGGCGAGGAGGUGCUGGAGUCCAAGGCCACGCAGCUGCAGGCGCUGGAGAGACGGGUCUCUGGGCUGCUGGAGGAGAUCAGGGAGAAGGCCAAUGCCUACGCCACCUGCUAG